AUGGCAAGUACAAAAGGCACUGGUUCAACUAAAUUGUGAGUAAUUUUUGAAUCCUAAUUUUAAUAGUAAUCAAAAGCUUUUCAAUCAAACUGUUAACAGGAUAGGUUCCAAACUGUGGAUAGGUUCCAUGCAUCCUCUGCUGAAAUGUGGUAUAUAGUAAAAGGAAAGUUCUUAAACCAUUAUAAAAGCACAUACAAAUAAUGAAUACUAUUCGAGGAAAGAUGAAAAUAUAAAUAUUCCAUUCAACGAGACGAAAGUUAAAUGGAACAUUCCAUUUUUCGCCGAAUGAUAAUUUUUUCAUUUAUUUUACUGAUUUACUGCAAAACAUCUAAUACUAUUGGAUUAUUGAAUUAUUACCCACUCAAACAGUCCAAACAAGAUUGAUCGAAUUAAGUUUAAUCGAAGCCGCGAAACCGCACGAUGGAGCAAAACGAUUAUAUAGUUGAAAAAUCUACGUUCUGUUGCACGGUUAAUCAAAUGAAAAAUUCUAUCCAACAUGUCGUAUUCGUAAUUAGCCGAUGAUUUUUCGACAAUUUGGUACGUAUUAUAUAUUAUAAGGUAUUAUAUAAUAGAUUAUAAUUUGUGAACGAUCACUUUUAGCAAACGAGUGAGCGCAGCGAACGAGUGAGUUUAGCGAUCCUUCGCAACGAUUGAUUAAUAAAAAUCGUUAAAAAAACGAGCAAACAGUGAAACAAUUUCUACAGGUAAAUAGAGUUCGCAAAAUACCUUGAUUAUUCCACUGAAAUUUUAUUUUUUCGUUCAUGCAGGCCUACAUUAACAACAUUAACUAAGGACAAUAAACGAUGGAUUGUCUUUGGAAUUUCCCUCAACCAUAUUCUAGUUCCCUCCAUACGCCCCAUAUUAGAGCAAGAAAUUUUGAAAGAAUACAAUGAUCUCAAAUUAAACCACGGUAUUGAUUGUCAGACAUCGCACAGUUUUCCUGGUUCAAAGUAUCCAACACGUAAUGGCAUGAAAUAUGAGAAUAUUAAUGCUAAUGACAGAAAGUUGAAACCGUCACGCUAUAAAAGCUAUGAUUACUCCACGUUUGACUACAAAGUUACCUCGCAUGUUGACUUUGGUAAGCUCUUCCUCCUGAACCAUAUAGCGAAGUUUAAUGCAUUUGACGAGACCUGCGAUGCGUCUGCUGUGCUCAAUUUGUUUGGCAGAAUUCCUGUCUUUUCUCCUGUCGUCCAAACUGCGGCAAAUGUUGUAAGAGAAGGUAGAAAUGCUUGGGGACAUUGCAAUUUUACUGAGUGGAAUGAAGCAAACUUCAAGAAGAGAUUUGACGAGAUGAAACAGCUUGUGACUGAAGUGGGUUUAUCGCCUGCAGAUGAAAGUAAAGUCCUAGCAGAUCUUAAUGACUGGGAAGCGAAAGGUACAGAACUAUCUAAUAGAAAGCUUCAGAUAUGACUUCUACUACCACUACCUCUCACUGGCUUAGCUUGCAUCUAAUUGGUUGAUCUGAUAUAUCAAACGCAUCUGAUUGGUAAAUAGUCCCCUAAAAGUAGGGGUCACGGUAGUGGAAGUCAGAUCUGAACCUCUCAAAUAUGCCAUGUACAUAUAAUAACGUUUCCCUUUCUUGUUGCAUGUUGCUAUUUUAAUAGACACUUGCAAUUGCUAGUAUUGCAAGUUUAUCUGGCUGUAUUUGCUAUUUGUUGCACAAUCUGGCCACUUCAACAAAUCAAAGUGUAUCUUAUAUUUUAUUAAUAUGUUUCUUAAUACUUGAAAAGUUAACAGUUAACAUGAGUAUAGACACAACGUAGCACCAGGUUAAACAUCUUAGACAUUAUGGAGUAUAUAUUGAAAAAAUGUCCCAAAUUUUAAAUAAAUUUAAAACUUUUCCGUAUUUAGUUUCAGGUUGCAUGCCGAUUCAAAUUCAAUGUUGUCUUUUUGCUAGCUAUACUUUGCUGACGUGUAGCCGCGUAUCAUAUGUAAGCUGGACAAUGUUGCUUUUACCUAUCAUUAUGUGUCCACUGUGAGAGAUUCAUUCUAUUUUUUUAUUAUUAUUUGACUCUUGUAUUUUGUUCGUUGGAGUGCACAACAUAAACCUCAGAAACGCUUGUAUAAAAAAAUACUGUAUCGACGUUUGCUCUUAAAAUUUCUUUCAAUUAAGCCCCAUCUUCCGCUGCUCCCAAAGCUUAGACUAUUUAUUUUUGCGAAGUUUGGAUUCUCAUUCCUUUAAAAGCUGCGUUUACUUGUGCUUAGCAACAUCUUGCUCACUUCUGCCUAUAUUCAAUAGAAUGUAAGUAUAAUCUCCGAGACCUUUUUUGGUUGCAUAAUUUCAUUUAUUCGAUUAUACUAAAGCAACGCUUGUACAACAAAAGUUAGGGAUCGAAGAGCAGUAAAUGAUAAAAAUGUAUUAUUAAAAUUGAAAGCAAUAAUGAACUACAGAGCGGCUAAUGCUUUAUAAUAGCUGGAUGGGGUUACUGUAGGUGUGGGGGAAGUAACAACUUCCUUUUGUGAUGCGUACAAAGUUUCCGAGACCGCAAAAUGCUCAGUGUGCCAGGAAUUCUUUUGUGAUUAUUUUCUUUCUAUUUCAGGUAUUGUAUUGUGCAUGAACGCUACCAUUGAUUCUGAACUGGUCAAAGUGGUACAAAAGCAUGUCAAUAAAUUGUCAAGUGAAGUAGAGAAGAUGGAAUUUGAAAGUUUAGAAGAAAUAAAUAACUUGAGGGUGAUGCUACACAAUGUUAAACUUGAGUUACAAGAAUGCGAGAAGCGAUUUGUACGGAUUGAGAAUAACAUGAGUAUCACUGCUGACAAAAUUACUCAACUAACAACCAAUCAAGAAGUUCUGCAACAAGAAGUGGAACACCUGCAGACAAGUCAAACGUCUGUCCAACAAAGUGUUACAGAGGGCCAGACUAGUUCUUAUGGUAAUAUAUUAUUAAUUUUGCCUAUACGCCACAUUAUGUUUUUCUUUACAACAGAUAUAUUAUCAACGUAGCAGGUAUAUUGAUUUUUAUUAUUAUAUUAUAUGACAUGUUUUUACCAAAAAUAGUUAUGAAAACACGAAAAAUCUGACAGCGGAUUACACCCAAACAGCCAGGUGCCUCCUCUCUAAACCCCGUCCUUCUUAGUACAGCCUUUUUAAUUUUACCUGAUUCGAAAGUAAUGUUACGAACACUCGAAUAAUGUUACAAUAAUUAUAAAAUGACACGAGAAAAAUAUAAACUCAAACGAUCUGUGCCAGCGUAGGUAUAGUGACAAUAAUUAACACCAGAAACUGCGGAUUGAGAGAGAUUCAACUAACUGAAAAAUACAAGAGAGAUUUCGACGUUUUGAGCGAAAGCCCUUUGUCGGGAAGUUAGUAGCGUCGGAGAGAAUGGGGAAAAAUAGCAAUUUCCGAGGAAUGGAAACUAUUUUUUUAUUUCCAGAGCCAAACAACAGCAGAAAUAUUAUAUACAAAAUUUCAUCCUUGUAAAUGAUUUAAAAACUAGUUCUUCAUUGUCGUAAUAAUAAAAGAAAAAAUAUCAUAACUUAUUUCUAAAUGUUUCAAUGAAAAUUAACUUACAAAGCUUCUAAAAACAGAAGUCGUUCAAACUUGCAAAAUGCCUGUUCAGAUUACAUGUCAAACUAUUUAAGUACUAGUUAAAACAUGAGCAGCCGAUCUUUAUCCGGUGUACAAACUCGAGCAGUUUGUUUCUCGAGGAAAAUGUUUUAACGAGCUUAAAAAACCAUCCAUCUUAUGAGUUCAUUGACGAAGUAAUUUUAAAAAUAAACAAUGUCGAGAAAAUCAAUGCUGAAGUUUAUGUAAAUAAGGAGAAAUCUUUAUCCGAUUUACAAGCAUUAAUUAAACAUUCAUUUCUUUUGUAUUUUUCUCGUGAAUUAUUAAUGAGAUUUUUAAUAAGAUAAGUACAUACUUUAUAAAAAUACAGUAAUACGUCCAAAAUGCAAAACUAAGAACAGGUCGACCAGUUGUUUUCUUUUGAGGUCACAUAGUACUGAAAUUAACGCAUAAAAAUUUCAAAGAUAGCGACCACUUUUGGAACGCGUCCACUUUUAAUAAACGUUGGUUUAUAUUGCAAUUUUCAGAUUUCUCCAGUUGUGAAGCUGACAUUGAUUAUUAUGCUAAACGAUAUGAUCGGGAUACAAGACUGUGGCUUUUGAAUGAUUUUGAUACGUGGUUUUGUGAUUCUUGUGAGUCGAGAGCCUAUGUACUGCUGGGUGAUGCCGCAGUUGGUAAAAGUGUCAUGGCUGCUGUCAUAGCUCAGCGUGCAAAGAAUGAUGGGAAUAUGGCUGCGGCUUACUUUUGUCGUCACUAUGAUGGCACACGUCGUGAUCCCAGGUAUCUGCUUGGUACUGUUGCUUAUCAAUUACGUAAUUGUAAUAGUCAAUACGAUAAAGUAGUGGGAGGGGAGGCUGGUAUACAAAGUAUGUUAGCUAAUGCUAAGCUAGGCGUUCACGAGCUAUUUACUAAAUUGUUGGAAGAGCCAUUAAAUAAAUGCAGUCCUUGUAAGAGAAAACUGGUUGUUAUUGAUGCUUUAGAUGAGGCAGAAUAUUGGUCCAGGGAGGAUUUUCUUGAUCUCAUAAUGAAUCGUUUUCCCCUACUUCCGAAUUGGCUUGUUUUCUUUAUCACUAGUCGCCCUGAAGACACCGUGCAGUCUAGACUGAGAACGUAUAAUCCAUGUAUUAGAAUUUGUGCAGGAAGUAGUGGCAGUGCAGGCUUUUAUCAAAAGCAUGAGCAGGAUAUUCGACGAUAUUUAGAGAAAAGGCUAAACUUCUCAAAUCUUUCGUAUUCUGCAGAAGAAAUGACAGGCAAGUGCAACGGAAUGUUUUUGUAUGCAUUCUACAUUGUAGAAAUUCUUCAAAAUUCAGAACAACUGGACGGUGAUAUUUUCCCUGAAAAUAUUAACGAUUAUUUUCGCCAAAAUUUCAAACGUAUUUACGAAAAAGUGGGUGGAGACUUUUAUAAGAAAUUAUUUGGUUGUGCUUUAGUGGCGCCUUCUCCACUUCCUGUUUUCUUUAUUUCGUUCCUUUUGCAAAAAGAGAACUCUUCUUUUGAUGAACAGGAAGUAAUUGAUGCCGUCUCACAGUUUGUAGCGUUGCGAACCACAGAUAAGACCUUUGUAUUUCUUCACAGUCUUAUUCCGGUAUGGUUAACAGAUGAGCAAAAGGUGCCUCGAAGAUUGUUUGUUGACAGAAAUAAAGCAAAAGCAUAUUUCAGAAGUAUUAUUGUUGAAUUUCUAAAUGCUUUUCUCCAACAAGGUAGAGACCCUAUUUCAUUUGCCAAGCCUGAUUUAAUUAAUUAUAGUUUGGAUGUCGGAUUUCGUUUCUUUUAUAAGUGUUGUGUUCAGGAUUCUAUGAGUUCUCAAACUGUUUUCGAUUGCUUGACGAACCACCGAUUUCUUCAACAGCGAAUACAGAACAACAGAAUUGGAAUUUAUUCGCUUAUUGAAGACUUAGAGUUUUCUGUUCUGAAGCUAACUUUUGAUGAGGCGGAAAAAACUAUUCUUGAUGACAUUUGUUCAGUUCUUAAACGAGAUAAGUAUGUUAUUGUUGGAUGUCCUGAACUUCUUUACUCCUGUCUUAGUAAUGCAUCUAAACUUGUUCAAGAAAAGUUCAUACCUAACAAAAUGUCAGCCUCUUGGAUGGAGUUAAGUUUUGAAUAUGUUGUUUUCUCUACCGAUUCAACACUUCGUGACUUGGACUGCUGUGCAAUUUCUCAUGAUAAGAGGUUGUUUGCUGGAGGGAAAGGGCGAUCCAUUUUUCUGUACGAUGCACAUACUUUUAAAAAGGUUGCGGGUCCUGUUGAAGUAAUGGAUGUAAAUUUGUCGCAUUUGGAAUUUUCGCCAGAUGACAAGUUUGUGAUUUUUGGAAGGCUUGACAGGUGGUUUUCCGUGCAGGAGAAACGUGUUGUGGAGAAAACCCAGUUUUCAGGAAAUUCCAAGUGUUAUGCAUGGGUUUCGUUCAUUGAUGAUGGUAACUACAUCGCGGUUGUUUCGAAACCAACUAAAGAAUUCCACUUUCAUUGCCUGUUUCGUAUAUUUUCCGAGUGGGCCACACAAGAAUGUGGCCUUGAACAAAACAACGUGUAUGAAUUCCAGUGUCUUGGCGGUAAGAUUGAAUGUGAACGUUCUUUUGAAGGGGACACGUUUUUCCAAGAAAUUGAUGACAAAUUGCUUUUUUUACGUGCACAAAAACGUACACGAAAACGUGAUCAAAGCAAUGAUGUACAUUUAUUUGACAAGAACUUUUUUCAUUCAAAGGGUUGUUGUCCAGACCUAUCAUGCGAAUUAUUCUCAAUAUGUGCUCAAUUUGAAAGGACUAAAACGCCUGUUCGUAAUCGUAUUGCUCUUUUUUAUGCCGUCCUAUUUGAAUAUCAAAUCUGGAAUGUGCAGACUGGAAGACCUGUGGUAGAGGAAAUGUUUUCCUCGCAGUUAAAACCAUUCUUUUACCUUUGGCAUUUGUUUCCUGCGAUAACGCGUUUUGAACGUAUGAUUUGCGAUUCUCGCUGUACACUUGCAAGUGUUGCUUCAUUAAACGCUGCUUACUACCAAGACCAAUUAGCGAGAACACCAACAUUUCAUUCAUUGUUUUCAAGUGUAGAAAAGAAAGAUGUGGUGCAUGACAUAGAUAAAUAUAUGGCUAAGAUAUAUGCGUUAUAUUUUCGUGAUGGUGAAAAAUGUCUUCCAUAUUUAAUCACAAACACACCUGUGGAAUGUUAUAAUCGUAUUUCCGACAACACCGGUCUUCUUUCAAAAGCUGGGAAGUGGUUAGCACGGAAAUACGGCGGAGCAAUUACUUUGUUUAAAAAAGUAAAUGAAGGUGGAAAUUUGUUAAGGUAUGAAGAAGGGUUCAAGAUCAUGCUUUUACAAAAGGUUCAUGAUCAUGCUUUUACAAGUGACGGUAAUGUGCUUGUGUAUAUUACACUUUUGCCCAGCCAAAAUCUGUACGCUCUUUCUUUGCAGACUGGGACUCAGUUUCGUAGUGUUUCAGGAUUAUAUCCUGUACAUUGCGCAUCUGAAGAGGGCCAGGGCAUUGGGUAUAUUUUUGGUGACACUAAGGAAAGGAUAACUGUUUUAUUAAGAGAUUUGCCUGGGAAAUUUCUUCUAAAUUGCUUAACUAGUAAGCCAGUUGCUGUUACAUUCACAUCAGCUCAUACAAUUAUGAUCCUUUGUUCUGACGAGAAGGUUACGUUGUGGAAGUUAGACCAUUGCGAUAUAGUCAUGGCGUGUGAAACGGAAAUGUUAGAGCUAGAUUAUUCAGAAAAAAUCAUUGUAGAGAAAUGUAUCUUUUCUCGUGAUGGAAAAUUAAUUGCCAUACAUCAUAGUUGUCAGAUAUUGUUGUUUAACUACGGGGGAAAGUUUCUUUGCUCAAUCUUCAAAGUCACAGAGGAGUGUGAACACACUGUUCCUUGUCUCGCAUUUUCACUUGAUGAUUCCUUGCUUUUAUUUUGUAUCCAAAAAAGCACUUAUGACCAGACUUUUUACGUAUGGGAUGUCAAGAAGGGCGUUUUGACCGACCCCAUUCUCCUUCCUUUCCCAUACGUCAUACACGUUGAUUGCUGUUGCUUUUCUUCAGAUAACAGCAAACUGAUCUUUUGUAAUGCGUCUUCUGUUCUGAUUUUAGAUUACCCACCUAAAGUCUUUAGCUGCUGUCCAAUGCUUGCUGUACCAUAUGCAGUGAAUAGCAGAGCAUCUGACACCUGUAGUCAUUGUACAGUGUCGUCUGACAGUACUCUACUAGCUUUGUGCGUUGCUAAUGAAACUUUUAUUUAUUCUCUCAAUUGUUCGGACGCCUUGUGGAAAGUGCCACACAAUCACUUUGGUAAAGUAGAAUAUUGUGGUUUUUUAAGAGGAAAUCGUUAUUUGAUUUCUUAUGGCAUCGACGGUAUAGUGUUUUUGUUCGAUUUUGUUGAGAAGAAAUCAAUUGCAUACGUAAGACUAGAAUCUAUAAUCAGCAUGGCAUUGUCUCCUGACGAAAACAAAGUUGUUUGUCUUGAGUCCUCUGGCAAGGUGAGUGUCAUAAAUCUAUACGGACUUAAACGGGG